GCUUGAAAGCAAAAUAUUCAGCAAAUACGUAUUGCCUACGGUUUGCCAGACUUUGUUAGUGGAGUUUACUCUCUGACUGGGAAUCAGUUUUCUUAUUUUGAAGACCCUGGUGUUUUCUUACUGCAAACCACAGACCGUAAACUGGAGCAUAAAUCCGGCUGGGGGACCACGCUGCCGCUUGCGGUUCUCCAGGAUGGGUCGAGCAGUUUUUGUUUACCAAAGAAAGCGAGCGUUUGGUCGGUUGCAAAACGCGCUCUAGAAUGCUGGUCGCUGAUUCGUUGGCGAAUGGCCAUCCAAGGCCCGGCCUGGAUCUGGCGGGAAGGGUCUCGGCUUGCUGCAGACGGUGCACAAAGCCAUACGCCAAGACGAUCUGAAGAGAACAGGAGUUCCCCCGGGCCUGGGAAGGCUGCCUGGAGAAGGAGCGCAAGAUGUUCAAAGAACACUUUAGAAAGAACACAUUCCAUGAAAGAUAAAGCUGGUCAAAAGUGCAAGCCUAUUGACGUGUUCGACUUUCCUGAUAAUUCUGAUGUCUCAAGCAUUGGCAGGCUGGGUGAAAAUGAGAAAGAUGAAGAAACUUAUGAGACCUUUGAUCCUCCUUUACAUAGCACAGCUAUAUAUGCUGAUGAAGAAGAAUUCUCCAAACACUGUGGACUGUCUAUCUCUUCAACUCCUCCAGGAAAAGAAGCAAAAAGAAGUUCAGACACUUCUGGAAAUGAAGCAAGUGAAAUCGAAUCUGUAAAAAUUAGUGCAAAAAAGCCAGGAAGAAAGCUCAGGCCCAUUAGUGAUGACUCUGAAAGCACUGAAGAAAGUGAUACAAGGAGAAAAGUUAAAUCAGCAGAGAAAAUAAGUACACAACGUCAUGAGGUUAUUCGAACCACAGCGUCUUCAGAACUUUCAGAGAAACCAGCUGAGUCGGUCACUUCUAAAAAGACAGGACCCCUUAGUGCCAAGCCCUCUGUUGAAAAAGAGAACUUGUCAAUAGAAAGUCAAUCGAAAACUCAGAAAAAAGGGAAGAUGUCUCAUGACAAAAGGAAGAAAUCAAGAAGUAAAGCCGUAGGCUCAGAUACUUCUGACAUUGUGCACAUUUGGUGUCCAGAAGGAAUGAAAACCAGUGACAUCAAGGAGUUGAAUAUUGUUUUGCCUGAAUUUGAGAAAACCCACCUAGAGCAUCAACAAAGAAUAGAAUCUAAAGUUUGUAAGGCAGCCAUCGCCACAUUUUAUGUUAAUGUUAAAGAACAAUUCAUCAAAAUGCUUGAAGAAAGCCAGAUGUUGACAAAUCUGAAAAGGAAGAAUGCUAAGAUGAUUUCAGAUAUCGAAAAGAAAAGGCAGCGUAUGAUUGAAGUCCAGGAUGAACUGCUUCGGUUAGAGCCACAGCUGAAACAACUACAAACAAAAUAUGAUGAACUUAAAGAGAGAAAGUCUUCCCUUAGGAAUGCAGCAUAUUUCUUAUCUAAUUUAAAACAGCUUUAUCAAGAUUAUUCAGAUGUUCAAGCUCAAGAACCAAACAUAAAGGAAACGUAUGAUUCAUCCAGCCUUCCAGCUCUGUUAUUUAAAGCAAGAACACUUCUGGGAGCCGAAAGCCAUCUGCGAAAUAUCAACCAUCAGUUAGAGAAGCUCCUUGACCAGGGAUGAGAAGAGCAGUCUACUAAAAUGUGCCUAUAGGAAGACUAGUCUCAUGCUGUUACCUUCUGAAACUGUACCUUUAUAAAUCAAUUGUUUUGCAAAGAAGUUAUGGCCUACUUAGAAUCUAAAAUUUGUUAUUCAGAUUAAAUGGCUGUGAACAAUGUUAAAUAGCAUCAGUUUGUCCAAUAGUUUUAAAGGCCAUAAUCAUCUUUUCUGGUUAAUAUCUUGAGUAGUUUUAAAAUGUUGACACCUUAAUCGGUCCCAGGUAUGAGCUGUAAUAAACUUGUAAAAUUAA